AUUGUUUCAAUUUUUUUUGUUUUAAUUUAUAUUUAUCAAUUUAAAAAUAACAAUAAUAAUAAAAAGAAAUUUAGAUAUAAUAGUUUUGGUAAUAAAAAAAAAAAAAAAAAAGAAAAAGAAAAUUCUACUCAAUCAUACCCAUAGAUAUUUAUAAAAUUAUUAUUUUAAAUUUUUAAUUAUUUUUUUUAAUUUUUUUUUCAAAAUUUUAAAUUUUUUUUUUUUUCUCCUCAUCGUCAAAUUUUUUUUUUCUUUUCUUUUUAUUUUUUCCUUCACAUUAAGAUAAAAUGAAAUUACUUUUAGCUUUAAUUUUAACUUUUAUUGUUUUAGCUAAUGCUUUAACUGUCCCACUUAGCUUCACCCCAGCUAGUAGACAAGCCAUCAAAAGAAUCCCACAAAACGUUGCCAAUAAAUACACUAUUGCUGCCAACGGUGGUACAAAUAUCCCAAUUUCAGAUUUUGAAGAUGCUCAAUACUAUGGUGCCAUUACCAUUGGUACCCCAGGUCAACCAUUCAAAGUAGUUUUUGAUACUGGUUCAUCCAAUUUAUGGAUUCCAUCAAAGAAAUGUUCAAUCACUGUCCCAGCUUGUGAUUUACAUGAAAAAUACGAUAGCUCCAAAUCAUCAUCAUACGUUGCCAAUGGUACCUCAUUCUCAAUUCAAUACGGUAGUGGUGCCAUGUCAGGUUUUGUUUCACAAGAUACUGUCACUGUUGGUUCAUUAAGUGUUAAAAAUCAAUUAUUCGCUGAAGCUACUGCUGAACCAGGUAUUGCUUUCGAUUUUGCUAAAUUCGACGGUAUUUUAGGUCUUGCUUUCCAAUCUAUCUCAGUUAACGAUAUUCCACCAGUUUUCUACAACAUGAUUGAUCAAGGUUUAGUUGGUCAAAAUCUCUUCUCAUUCUGGUUAUCAAAAACCCCAGGUUCAAACGGUGGUGAACUCUCAUUCGGUUCAAUCGAUUCAUCUAAAUACACUGGUCCAAUUACCUACGUCCCAUUAACCAAUACUACCUAUUGGGAAUUCAAAAUGGACGAUUUCGCCAUUGGUGGUCAAUCAGCUGGUUUCUGUGGUUCACAAGGUUGUCCAGCUAUUGCUGAUUCAGGUACAUCACUCAUUGCUGGUCCAAUCGACUUCAUCACUGCCCUCAACCAAAAAUUAGGUGCUGUCGUCAUUUCAGGUGAAGCUAUCUUCCCAGAUUGUUCAGUUAUCAACACUUUACCAAACGUCACUGUUACCUUAGCUGGUCGUCAAUUCAACUUAACUCCAAAAGACUACGUCUUACAAAUCACUGAAUUUGGUAAAACUGAAUGUCUUUCAGGUUUCAUGGGUAUUGAAUUACCACCACAAGUUGGUCCACUUUGGAUUCUUGGUGAUGUCUUUAUUUCAACUUAUUACACCGUUUUCGAUUUUGGAAACAGUCAAGUUGGUUUCGCCACCGCUGUUCAAGCUUAAAUUCAAAUCUAGGUUAGAUUAGAAUAAUAAAUAAUAAAUAAUAAUAAACAGUAAAAUUAAAAUAUAAUAAAAAAAACAAUUAUUAAUUAAAUUUUGAUAAUUAU